AUGGUAUUGGAAGCUGAUUAUCCAAUGCCCCAGCAUUUGGAAAAACUUGUCUCUGAUGUGCUUGAGGAGCCCAUUACAAGGAUCUGGUUUGUUACCAUACAGAACAGGGUCGAGCGUCUCCAAGCAUGCGCUUCAUACGUUGCGGAGAGGACUAGAACAGGAAUUGAAGUUUCUGGGAGUAGUAAUUCUGUUAAGAUUGUUAUCAGUGGGAUUGAGGUCGAUGUAAAGCAAGCCAAAGAAUAUAUUGAUGACGUCUUGAACGAAAUCCAUUAUCUUGGAAAUCCAAUUGGGGUAGCGAAAGGAGAGAUAGCACCGAUGGAUGUAUCCAAUCUCAAAAGGGAUGUGAUCCAUCUCUCUCAGGGUCUCGCUGCGUGGGUGAUUGGACACAAGGGGCAAGGGAUUCGGAAGCUGAGGGAUGAUAGUGGAUGUAGGAUGUAUGUUCUGAACAGUGAAAAACUUAUUGUGGUUGGUACUGAAGAAAAAGUUCAGAGUGCUGUAAAAUUUUUGAAUGAGUUGUUGCGUGGAGUUAGAUAUGCCGAACAGAUACGCAUCCCUAUGCAAAUGUUUCCCGUGCAAUGGUUGUGUGAUGUUACAGGGUGCAAUGUGGAUGUUUCUUGCACACCUCCAUGGAUGGUCCUCAACCUCUAUGGUCUUUUUGAGCAAAUUGAAUAUGCAAAAUUGAUCGCUUUUGGCAGGUGGCCAUCUUCUUGA